CCGUCCAUCAUCGACAUUGCCACUGUUCUCUGAUCUCGUUGGCUACUCAAACCACUCGAUUCUAGUUUUGAUUCCGAUUUCGAGAUCUCCUUUUCUGUCUUACUUCUACUCGGUAGGCUCUGUUCAAUCAGUUGUCUCUACCAAUCAAUUUCCAUCAAGAUUCAUAUACUUCUCAUCACCCACUCAAUCUCUUUCAAGAAGAUUUAGGGUUUGCGUUUCCCUCCUCAAUUUGUGUUUUAAUUGUUAGGGUUCCCCAUUUUAUCUUUGAAUUUUCGCACAGAAUAGUUUAGAAUUCGAAGAUCUGGUUUAAAUUGUUGGGGUUUUAUUGAUUUAUUGCUCAAUUUCAUGGUUCUUUGUGUUUCGAUUGUUUAUCCUAGGUUUUAAAAAAAAAAAAAAUUUUUGUGAAAUUAGAAAAAAAAAUUGUUAGAGGGAAUCUAGUUUUGUUUGGGGUUUAAGGGUUUGUUGAGAAAAAGAUUUUCUGAGGUUUUUGUAUUACGAUUGGCGGAUUGGGGUUUUUGGAGUUUCGAGUUUUCUAUAUGGCGGUCGAGAAAUAUGGUGGUUGUCAUGAUAAUGAGUUAAGGGACCAAGAAUGUGCUGUAUCAAGGAGGGAGGUUGUUAAUACGAACGAGCACAAUCAUGCUAGGAAUGGUAGCUGUGAUGUUGAACAGGAUUGUGCACAGGAUGUUAGGGAUAGAAUGAAGGUUAGACAAAAGGACAUUAAGGAGAGGGAAGUGACAAAUGUUGGGUAUCGUUCUUCUUCUAGGAGGAGUGAUUUUGGUAGUAGUGGGGGUGGAAACCAUGGGCCCAAGCAUUUAAGCUUGGGUUCGGUGGAACCCCCAGCGCUGGGUUCCAGGGAACCCACGCCUGGGUUCAAUGGAACCCAGGCGCGGGUUCCAUCGGUGGCUUGGGUUCCCUGGAACCCAGGCUUGGGUUCCCUGGAACCCAGGCGUGGGUUCCAUCGAACCCAACGCUUGGGUUUGAUGGAACCCAGCGCGGAACCCAACGCUUGGGUUCGAUGGAACCCCAGCGCUGGGUUCCAUCAAACUUGGGCGCGAGUUCGAUGGAACCCAGUGCUGGGGGUUCCACCGAACCCAGGCCUAGGUUCCGGUGUGGGUUCCAUGGAGGCUUCUCUCAGCAAAGAAUUCUAUUGGAAUAUUGAUCCUCCAACUAUGGAAGGUUUGGAUGCUUUUCUAGCUAAAAAUAAUGGUUCAACAACAAAUAUGAGUCUGACAUGAAUGGAUCUAUUCCUUCCCAACUUUCAACCUCAACUCAAUGGUUUAGUUUGAGGUCUUCAAAGAAGAAUGUCAUAUUUCUAGUUCAUUUUGCAAUUAAGGAGUGUCAUUUCAACUAUCUUGUUAAUGGACAUAGUUGAUAAUCAUUCUAAAUGCUACUUUGUUCCUUUAUUUUUUAUGGUAAAAUUCUUUCAUGAUAAAUCCAUCUUUGUAAAAAUUGAUUAUUGUAUGCCAAUAGAAAAAAUGAAUAGAAAAUGGAGAA